AUUUGAAUUUAUUCAAAUAUUUCACUAUUUGCGUUUGCUUAGUUAAGAAAGUUAAGAAAACGACAUUUUUCAACACAAAUUCUUCGAAUUGAUUUGUCAGAAUGACAUUAAGUGUUGGCUAAACCUGUUGACAAAAUCACAAACAAUCGCAGUAGCUUAUGGGUUUUCAUCUGGCUAAACGAUUACAUUUUCUUGAAUAAAUUAAUGAUUUUGCUCAAGAAGUACUUUUGUUUUUGUCUUUUAUUUGCCUUAAACUCAAAGCUAUCUAAGUUAAGAAAUCGAGUUGAAAUACAAUAGCAAACACUGCGAAACCCGUGAAAACAUAGGCGGAAAUCAGUUGCCAAGCUAAAGAGGCUAUAAGAAUAAGAAGAGGAGAAAUAUCUAAUCAGGUAAUUAUGGAAAGUGUUACCUUUUUGCUUUUGGGAAAGUCUAUAAGAGGAAAUCCCGAAAAAGGAUACGAUUUGUGUUGUGGAUUACAGCAGGCUUGAAUAAUCGAAUUUUGUCAACUUUUUUCGUUAAUCCAGGCCAGGUGUUUUGGGCCAUAAAGCAGCCCUUGUUUAAGUGCAGGACCAAACGAAGCCAAAAAAAAAAACAUAUAAGUGUGAGGGACGAGGAAUUGCAGCUGUCAGAGAGAAUCGAGCCAUCAGAUCGGCAACAGCAUGGGCAACGUAAUGGAUCGCAAGGUGGUGACCUGUUCGGAGGCACGUGCCACGACGAAUGCCACGCCCACUCCCUGUCUGACGCCCAAGCAGGAGCAGGAGUCGAUGAGCAUGAUGAAGCCCGAAGUGGAGCAGUCGGAGCAGCAGGAGAUUGUGCCCAAUUUGACAUUUCACUUGUUCAGCUAUCGCCAGCAAAUGGGUUGCAAGAAGCAUCAGCUGAUGAAGUGGGCCACCUCGAAGCUUCUCCUAACCGAGGAGCUAUUGAAGCUGCACAGGCAGCAUGUUCAGUCCACAACUGAAUCCUGGACCAACUAUGAGAAUCUGCUAUCCGAUGAGGAGGAUGAGGAGAACAAGGCACCAGCUGGCCAUAAUGAUGAUCCGCUGGCCCAGGAACUGUGCCACCUCAAGAACUACCGCCUGGAACUCAGGGGCACCAUUGUGGAGGUGGCCCAGGAGAGGAUGAAGAAGCGGGAGAAGAAGAAACUGAAGCGCCUGAAACGACGCACCCUGAUCUCCUCCAAGAAGCCCAGCAACAAGAACAAGCAUAAGUUUGGGUGUUUUCAACAGGAUUUGGAGGAGCAUCUGACCUCGGAUCCUGAAAAUCAGCCAGAAGUCAUUGUCAUCGAUUAGUCUUAGUCUUAGUUCCUAAGUUUUAGUUAAUUUAGUUG